AUGUCCGACACCAAUCAGGAUACGCUGUUGCAGCGUCUUUCAGAAUUUCUGACCACCUAUGGUCGCCUCCCAGCCGAUAUAGACUUCGGCGAAGAACUUACGGAGGCUCAUGGUCUUAUCGCUGAGUGUUUGGAGGCUCUCACCAAGCCUCUUGACACCCCCGCACCACUAGAACUCGUUAUCGAUACGGCUCAGGAAGAAGUCAUUGCCAGCCUCACCACAGAACUAGAAGCAGCCAACGAAAAGGCUGCCGAUUUUUGGCAAACCUUGUGCGAUAACCAGGAAGAUUCUACCGAGAUCAUCCGAGGUCGCGACGAGGUUAUCGUUGCUUUGAAGAUUGAGCUGGAGGAAUCGAAGGCUGAAGAAGAAGAGCUUCGGUUCCGUCUGGCACUACACCAGGAAAGUCUUGCCAUUGCCGACGAGAACCUCACUGAGGUUGAAGAUGAGAUUCUUCACAUCACCUCUGUUGCAAAGGCCUGGGAGGCCCAAGCCAAUGCCACCAUUGCUGACCUUCGUUCCCGUGUCUCCGCUUCUGCCACCACAGUCAAACCCCCACGUCACCAUAUCCCCGCUAAGUCUCGUUACCUCACCCCUCGCUCCAAAGAUCCCCGUACCAUCAGCAAUUGGCGAGAAAAGCCAAUUGAACAAGUGUCUCCAAAGCCGGCGCUAAAAGUCUCUGUUAUUUCUGCUGCUGCCGUGUCUGAGGACAAGAUGUCCGAAGACCCUCUUGUCGUUACCUGCUCGGUUUCUCAGAAUUCUGACUCUUUUAUUCCUACCUACGCUCUCAUUGAUACUGGAGCAUCAGGAUAUGCUUUUAUCGAUGAAUCUUUUGUACGCCACAAUAAUCUUACAAUGAUCCGCCUUAAAGUACCUCGUCAGGUAGAUGUUAUGGAUGGGAGGCCUAUUGAAUCAGGAAAGAUUACCUAUAUUGUCAAUGUGUUGCUGGAUAUCCAUGGUCAUCGGGAAACUGCAUCAUGUUUUGUAACGAAACUGGGUCACUAUCCAAUUGUGAUGGGAAUACCUUGGAUGCGACGUCACGAUGUUACGAUUCGGCCAAAGGAAAAUUUACUUGUUUUUGACUCUCGAAACUGUUGUCAACACUGUUCACUCAGUGGAACGACAGUCACUGUCCAUGGAAUAUCGAUCCCUCUACCAGAAUAUCAUACUGUUGUCGCUUCAGCAGUUGAGAAAUCCACCGUCGACGUCAAGCAACUAGUACCAAAAGAGUUCCACCAUCGUCUCCAUAUGUUCCAAGAAUAUGAUGCUUCAGUCCUUCCACCACAUCGGCCGUUACAUGAUAUUGAGAUCGUAUUGGAGGAAGGUAAACGACCACCGUACGGACCGAUAUAUGGAUUAUCCCAGAUUGAAUUGAAAGCACUACGAGAAUACCUUGACGAAAAUCUACCUAAGGGAUUCAUUCGAGCCAGUGAGUCGCCAGCGGGAGCACCCAUACUAUUCGUAAAGAAAAGUGAUGGGACCCUUCGGCUUUGUGUGGAUUAUAGAGGCCUUAAUGCAAUUACGAUUAAGAAUCGCUAUCCGUUACCAUUGUUAAAAGAAACCCUGGCCAAGCUAUCAAAAGCGCAAUAUUAUACCAAGCUGGACCUACGUUGGGGAUAUAACCAAAUCAGGGUCGCCGAGGGAGACGAAUGGAAGACGGCGUUCAGGACUCGUUAUGGACAUUUCGAGUAUACUGUAAUGCCGUUUGGAUUAGCUAAUGCCCCUGCUACGUUCCAACAUUGGAUCAAUGAUAUUUUACGACCAUAUCUCGACCAAUUUGUGACAGCAUACCUAGAUGACAUUCUUAUCUACUCGGAAACCCUGGCAGAACACAAAGAGCAUAUUCAAAAGGUUUUGAAGGUACUUGAUGAGAAUCAUGUUCACCUUAAGCCUGAGAAAUGUGAAUUUAUGGUCCAAGAAACGAAGUAUCUCGGCCUUAUUCUCACCCCGGAUGGGAAUAGAAUGGAUCCGAAGAAAGUUGUCGAUGUUUUGGAAUGGUCUAUACCAAGGAAUCUCCAUGAUGUUCAAGUAUUUCUGGGAUUUGCGAAUUUCUAUCGGCGUUUUAUUUUAGGAUAUUCAAAAAUUGUUGCUCCGCUUACGGCUUUGACCAAGAAAAAUGUUAAAUUCGAAUGGACGGAUGAGAGGGAGGAGGCAUUUCAGACAUUGAAAAAGAUGUUCACAACGGCACCCAUACUAAUGCACUUUGAUCCGGAUCGGAAAAUCGUGGUAGAAACCGAUGCAUCCGACUAUGUUUCUGCUGGAAUCCUGUCCCAACGUGACGACGAAGGAAUUCUACAUCCAGUCGCUUUCUUCUCUAAGAAACAUUCCCCUGCGGAAUGUAACUAUGAGAUCUAUGACAAAGAACUCCUGGCAAUUGUACGAUGUUUUGAGGAAUGGCGACAUCAUUUGGAAGGGGCACAAUUCCCAAUCGAAGUCCUCAGCGAUCAUAGGAACCUCGAAUAUUUUAUGUCAACAAAGCUAUUAAACCGUCGACAAGCCCGUUGGUCGGAAUUUCUUUCACGUUUCGAUUUCGUUAUUCAAUUUAGACCAGGGAAACAAGGGGUGGUUUUGAAGCGAAAAAAUUUGGAUUUAAAGCUAAGUUUGUUCGCGGGUUCUUUUUCAAAUGAAUCCGCUGAAGGAAUGUCCACUGUAGAAGAGUUGUUUUCAAAUGCUUACCAAGUUGACAGUUUUCCGAACAAAGUACUUGUGAUGCUUCGGAACGGUGUCCGUCAUUCGAAUAAGAUCUCGCUUGCCGAAUGCACGGAAGAUAAUAACGGUCGGCUACUUUAUCGUGGCGCACUCUAUGUACCGGAUAACAACGAUCUUUGGCUAAGACUCCUAAAGGAAUAUCAUGAUAAACCAUCGGCAGGCCAUCCAGGUAGAGCGAAGACUUUGGAACUCCUGAAUCGAGAGUACUACUGGCCACAGAUGCGAAAAUAUGUCGACCAGUACGUUAGGAAUUGCAAUGUGUGUGCCCGUAGCAAGGCACCACGCAAUGCACCUUAUGGAGUACUCCACCCUAUGCCGAUACCUGAUGGACCAUGGACGGAUGUGUCGAUGGAUUUUGUUACAGAUCUUCCCGAAAGCGAUGGAUAUAAUGCAAUCUUAGUCGUGGUGGAUAGGCUAACGAAAAUGCGGCAUCUAAUACCAACGACUAAGGAGGCGGAUUCCAAGGAAGUAGCUAGGCUGUAUAUCGAUAAUGUUUGGAAGCUACAUGGGCUACCGGAAACUAUGGUAUCCGAUCGAGGAACACAAUUUGUUGCGGAGUUUUGGAGGUCCCUUUGUGAUCGCCUAGAAAUAUCGCCAAAGUUCUCUACCGCGUUUCACCCCCAAACGGAUGGACAGACGGAAAGGAUCAAUGCUGUGAUGGAACAAUACCUUCGAAGUUAUGUUUCUUAUCAACAGGACGACUGGGUUCGAUGGUUGCCAAUGGCCGAGUUUGCAACAAAUAACCAUGCUUCUGAAACGACGAGAAUCUCUCCAUUUUACGCCAACUCAGGGAGGAAUCCAAGAAUGACUUUUGGUCCUUUGCAACAUGGUAGGACGACAGCGGAGGAUCAGGCCAAUGGUAUUGCAAGGGAGAUGAAGGAUAUAUUGGAUUUUCUAAAGGAUGAAUUAUUUCGAGUGCAAAGGAUUCAAGAAGAAUCCGCCAAUAUACGUCGGACUCCAGCACCUCACUAUCGUGUGGGAGAUAAAGUUUUCUUAUCGACCAGCCAUGUCCUCACCAAACGACCAUCGAAGAAACUUGAUUGGAAACGCAUUGGAUCGUAUGUCGUGAAACGGAUCGUUAAUCCUUACGCCUAUGAGUUAGAACUCCCUCGUUCUAUGAAAAUUCAUCCCUUACCACCACUGCCGGUCGAAGUUGAAGGACAAGAGGAGUGGGAAGUUGAGGAUAUUUUGGAUUCCAGGGAUCGUCGGGGAAGAUUUGAAUACUUGGUUAAGUAUGCCGGUUAUGACGAAGCUUCGUGGCAGCUAUUGUCGGAUGUCGAACAUUCGCCCGAUAUUGUCAAAUGA